UGCCAGAAUAAAGAGGAAUAUGAUGAUCACACAUCUUCUUACAUUUCUUCAAAUGUUGUUCAUCUUGUCAAAAAGAAGAGGAUAAAUACCUGGAGGACUCCACAAAUUACAGGUUUAAAAUCCAUCCAACCUUCCUGCCAAUCACCAAGAUGCUAGGACUGAAUUGCUCCUAUGCAGCUCUUUUCACAACUGAGGACACAGUUUUCAAUGGCUCAGGCUGCCCUGAAGCUGCUGUGAUAUGCGGGAUGAAUAUCUCCUGGUUAUUGGCUAACAGUUCUGUGCAGGAUGUAGAAGAAAUGUGCAUGAGCGAGGAGGAGUACCUCGCCUUACGAAUGGGGCUUCCAAGGUCCCCUGUGUUCCUUCCAGUCUGUGUCACCUACCUCAUCAUCUUCAUGGUGGGCGUCCUGGGCAAUGCCCUGACCUGCACGGUCAUUUUGCGCUACAGGGUGAUGCAGACGCCCACCAACUACUACCUGCUAAGCCUGGCGGUGUCUGACCUGCUAGUUCUGCUGUUUGGCAUGCCAUUAGAGCUCUACGAUAUGUGGCAGAACUACCCUUUCCUGCUCGGGGAGGUUGGCUGCUACUUCAAAACCUUCCUGUUUGAGACUGUGUGCUUCGCCUCCAUCCUCAACGUCACAGCACUCAGUGUGGAGCGUUACUUGGCGGUGGUGCACCCCCUCAAAGUCAAACACAUGACCACACGUGCCCAUGUCAAGAGGGUCAUCAUCAUGCUGUGGGUGCUGUCCAUGGUGUGUGCUGUGCCCAACACAAGUCUGCAUGGGAUUUCGGUGCUGCCGCCAAAGUUUGGACGACAGUUCCCUCGAUCUGCUAUGUGUUCUUUGGUCAAGCCCCCCUGGAUGUACAAGCUGAUCAUCCUGAUUUCCACGCUGGCCUUCUUCUUCCUGCCCAUGCUGAUAAUCAGCAUUCUCUACCUACUUAUUGGCAUGCAGCUGCACAGGGAGAAGGUAUUGACCAUGGUGGACAACAGGUGCAGCUUUGGAUCCGACGGUCUCUCUAGGUCCCACAAGCAGAAGAUGUGCAAACGCAACGUGCAAAUUACCAAAAUGCUGUGUGUGCUGGUGGUUGUGUUUGGCUUUUGCUGGGCUCCCUUCCACGUGGACCGCCUGAUAUGGAACUACAUUGACAAUUCAUUCGAACAGCACGUCAAGAUCUUUGGGUAUAUCCACAUUGUCUCCGGAGUCUGCUUCUACUUGAGCUCUGCCAUCAACCCCAUCCUCUACAACCUCAUGUCCACCAGGUUCAGAGAAAUGUUCAGUCACGUCUGUUACUCUAACACCUGGAAGCCAAGCUCUAGCAUACAGAUGAGCCAACGUAGCGCCUUAAGCGAGAGAACAACCUGUGGUUAGAAAUGAACUUAAACCUCUUUGAGCAAAUCUGCGGCAAAGCAAGUCGAAGUACAUUUAACACAGAUGAGUGACAAAUUAAAGCAAAAAUCAGAAUAAACUUGAUUGCAGAUAUUUUCCAUACAGGGCACAAGGGCUCAUUGAAUGGUUUGAUGACUACAGCAUAAAAAUGAUGUGAAUUACCUGCUAUGGCUUAAGAAGUCACCAGAUUGCAACCCAAUUAGACAGCUGUGGGAGAUUUUGGACCAACAUGUUAGAAAGGAAAGGAGCAAAAUAAGGGAACAUAUUUUGGAAGAACAGUGUUCAAGAGACUUGGAGAAUCUUUGCCAAGAAGCAGUGAAGCGGUUUGGGAGGCUUGCAGUGCCUCAACAGCUUACUGAGGCAAUUAUGUUGGUUUUUCCUUAGAUUUUAGUCACCCUUUUGUAUAUAAAAGCAGCCUAGAGACUUGAAAAUGGGAAGGUCUUAGUCCCACAUAGAAAGAUAUCACUCUACACAUGAAGGUGACGAGAUGUUGCCCUAAAGAUUUCUUGCAUGCUGCAAAUUUUCUGUAUAUUUAGACUCUCCUACUGUGUUUGGAGGUCCUCCAAGCUGCAGAAAUACACAGCAACAGUGUUUAGAUGAACAAUGAAAUUAUCAUACAAAUGAUACAACCGCAUUUUGAUGAAUAUGUAAUGUAACCCAUCCGCUUCCUCAAAAGUAAAUAAUUUCUGUUUGGGUAUUAGGUGAAUGUUUUCAUUGUAUAUACUGUAUAAUGUGAAAGGAGUCAUUUCCAUCCUUUCCCAUUUCCUGCUGUACAGCUCCCAGUGCCGACAUUAACAUGCUUUCACGGCAAAGAAUGAAUGUAUAUUAACUCUGGUGUGUAAGCAAGAGUGCUUUUUUUGUCUGAACACUGGGAAUGAAUGUGAGGUGAAAAUGAAAGUCAAUUAGGUAUAAGAGAGGAAUAAACCUGGAUGGUUUGUUUGUGGUAUUUAUAGCCUGCUGUGACAAAGCUGAAUAGUCAUGUGCCUUACAAGUAUUCAAAUUCUAUUCUGAAAAUACUUGGGGUAAAAUGAUUUUAUAAGCCAGUUGCCACAUACUGUGGCAUAUUUGAUAAGUGUACUGUGUAAUUAGUCAUACAAUGUACAAACAUACUGUUUUAAACAUAGUGAAGAAAAUAUCCAUCGUAAUUUUAGAAAGUACGUAAAAGCUUUUAAUGGAGCUUAUAAAUGUAUUGACAGAUUCUCUUAAAGGCAGCACCUGUAUAUAGGACAUGUGAAUAUUUAUCAACUCUUGUAUUCAUGCACAGGAUCUGUGGCAGCGCUCUCGACUAUUUAAUGAAAGCAUGUAUGUUUUUCUCAAUGUGUACCCUUGAAACAGCCAUAUGAUUCCAUGACGUGCUUUUGAACAUCAGUGCUGCUGGUAAGAUGUGCCGGCAGAGUUAUUGAGCUUCAUUCACCAACUGUUCAUGGAGAAGGAAGUUCUUCUCAAAAUCCACUUACGCAGUUUUCACGAAGAUUCUGACAUUCACCAAUGUUCUCUUAUUUGGGAUUUGUUCUUAAUUAAGAACAAAUCACACACUCAAGAGCACACUUACACACAUUUGAGGGUUGACAUGUUCAUGUGCAAAAUAAUUGGUUAUUGCGUUUUCUUCAAUUCUACAGCUCUAUAACAUUGUGGGAUUUAAAUUACAAUAAUAUUUUUAUCAUUGAAAAUAUUUGUAAUAAUUAUUUUUUAUUAUUUUACAAAGCAUUAUGGUCUUUUAAAACAAAUAAACAACAAGAGGAUGUGUGUCCUCACUCACUCCAGGGACAACAGACUUGCUGUCCAAGUUCGACAGCAAUUAAUUGCUUUUUUUUUCUAAAAUUAAUUUUGCAGUGUGAUUACUUAUAGCUUACAAUUAAUCUCAAGAAAGAAACACAUCACUUAAGAAAUUAAGUUUCAGUGCAUGUCUUUAUAUGUAUUAUUAUAUUAUUAUUUGUAUUAAUUUCUUCAAGUGUCUCAGAGUGUGUGGUCAGUGUAGAGACUAUCUGUGAAGGUGUUUGGGCCUUUCUCUCCUGGUUGUCCAGGAUCACAUCUGAGAUCAGACAUGGGACAGUUGAACAGGACCUGGGUGCACACAUGGAGGUACUGUUGCAGGAAGGUACUGGCUGAGAGAUGCUGGGUUCAGCCUCAGAGA